CCAUUAUCUUCUUUUGCCUUCUUCUAAGGUCCAUUCAAAAUAUCUAGAAGCUGACAAGUGUGAGGAAGAACAUUGAAUCAGCUCUUAUUUUAUGGUGGUGACCAGUGACCCUUUAAUAAUUUUAAAAUUUUUGUUUUGUUUUCUUCGCUAUCUAAUAUGACAAUUGUCACCUUCUCUCUUGCUCCAUAUAUAAACUGCCCAUUCUCUUCUUCAAUUUCUCUCCGGAUUUUUCGUCGUGUUCAUCAAUUUUCUCUAGAGAGGUGACGAUUGAUGUUAUUGUAGUACAGGUGAGAUCGAUCAAUCUAGAGGACGAUUGUGUGUGAAAAUUUUGAAUCGUUUGAUUUUUUUAUUUUCCCGGGGAACUUUGUGAUGUUGUUGUUUAGAUUCUGAGUGUGAGGGAAUUGAGGAUGAAUGAUAUUGAUCCUUUGAAUCAAAAGACGGAGUCAAUGGAUCGUCGUUUUGAGGAUUUCAAUGACGGUUGCAUCUCAUUUGAGUCGUGCAACGAUCAUGAUCAAGAGGAUGAACAUCUUCUGAGGAGGAGAAGGAGGUCUGACCUCGAAGGUGAUGACAUUGCUGAAUCCUCUGCUGCGAGAAGGCGCCAGUCUCGGAUCCUGAGCCGUUGGGCUGCAAGGCAGGCUCAGGAGAUGAUUACCACCAUUGAGAGGAGGAACCGUGAGUCUGAACUUAUUGCUAUUGCUGGUUUGCAUGCCGUCUCUACGCUUGACUCUUCUUUCCUCAGGGAGGAGACGCACUCUCCUCCCUUGAGGCGAGAGAGGCCUAGAACUCAAGCAUCUGAGAUUUUUCAGAUGUGGAGAGAGUUGGAAGAUGAACACGUGCACAACAGGGCAAGUGAGAGGCCGAGGCAAAGAAGUGCUAAUGCAUCUGUGAGUGGAAACAAUGAGAGCCUGAGGGGAUCAAGUGAGAGUGAGAAUGGUUAUAGAUCUUCCAGUAGAGAACAGUCUCCAGACCUUGGCGAUGUUGAGAGUGAGAGGGUGAGACGAAGUGUGCGUGAUUAUGUAUCUAAUGUAAGAAGGAGAGACGAUAACCGUAGAGGAGAGUUGGUUGGUGAUACUGAAAGAGAGAGAGUCAGGGUUAUCAGGGAACGGAUGCAAAUGACAAGUCAGCAGAGAGGAGCUCGUGCAAGUCGAAGAGAAGAUCAACAACGAUCUCUUGGCUCACAAGAUGACCGGCCUCAAGUUCAGAGGGUCGGUGAAGGGUUAGCCGUUGAGAAUGAGGAAGGGCGACAGGAGGAUACUCGUAGAGACUUGCGGAGAUUACGAGGAAGGCAUGCAUUUGUUGAUUUGCUCAUGAGGAUUGAACAAGAGCGGCAGCGAGAGCUUCAGGGUUUGUUGGAUCAUCGUGCAGUCUCUGACUUUUCUCAUCGCAACCGGAUUCAGUUGCUACUUAGAAGAAGAUUCUUGCGGAAUGAGCCACGUACAGAGGAAGUUAGAGCUCCAUCAAUGGCAGCAAGUGAACUUCGCCAGCUAAGAGAUAGACAUACAGUUUCUGGUUUGCGGGAAGGAGUCAGUGACAGGCUAGAAAGCAAUACUAAUGUCGAUAACAUCAAUACUUCCAGGAUUAACCGAACAAUAGCUAAUACUACUGAGGAUUCUCAGAGGCUAAAUGAGAGCUUGAGUUCUUCAAGACAGGGGAAUGGUACCCCACUCUUACCUAACGAUUUGGGAAGGUCGGGAAGUAACCGAACAAAUGUAGGUAGAAAUUGGGAAGAACAUACCACCAGUCAAGAAAGUGUUUGGCCUGAAGUUUUUAGAACAGACGAGAGGCGAAAUUUGCUGGAAGCAACGUUAAGCCAGUUAAGUGAAAGGGAUAACGGUAACGCAGUUAUCAACGAACAAGAAAACUCAGUUGAUGACCUGCACCAGGAUGGAACUGGAAAUUCAGAUGCAACUGUUCUGAUAGAAGAUCAAAGUGUAUGGCCUGAAGAUAGCUCUAGACACUCUGAUGGAAAUUGGCCUGAGACACGGUUUGGAGCACUUAGGAGUCGCCGUGUAGUACCUAUGAGAAGAGUAAACAGGCUCCAUUUACCUAAUGACGAUAAUGUUUACAACAUUGAGCUUCGAGAGCUACUAAGCAGGAGAAAUGUAUCUAACUUUCUACGUAGUGGUUUCCGUGAAAAUCUGGAUCAGCUGAUACAGUCCUAUGUAGAGCGGAGAGUUGACUGGGAAGCAAUAUCGGAUUCUCAAGAACAUCAUACAGAGCAACAACGGUUUCUACAGGACGAGGAUCAGCUUGAUGGCAUCAAUCAAACGCUGCCAACUCCACCAGUGCCUCCACCACAGCCAAUAAGGCACCACACCAACUACGCUCGUCACUCUCUGCAUCGAUCUGAACUUGGAUGGGAGAUGAUGAACGACUUGAGAGGAGAAAUGGCUAGACUCCAACAAGGAAUGAGUCAUAUGCAGAGGAAUUUAGAAACCUGUAUGGAUAUGCAGUCUGAGCUGCAGCGUUCGGUUAGGCAAGAGGUCUCUGCAGCUUUAAACCGAUCUCCCGGUGACCAAGGUCUUGGAGCAGGAACAUCCGAGGAUGGGUCGAGAUGGGGUCAUGUAAGGAACGGGACUUGCUGUGUCUGCUGUGAUACUGACAUAGAUGCCCUCUUGUACAGAUGCGGGCACAUGUGCACUUGCUCAAAUUGCGGUAACGAGCUAGUCAGAACUGGAGGGAAAUGCCCGUUGUGUAGAGCGCCAAUCCUCGAGGUAAUCAGAGCCUACACUGUCGCGUAAGCCCUCUGAGAUUGGAGAACAAGGAAAAACAAACAAAGAUAAUGUGAUUUUGUUCAUGUCUGAGCAAGAACAGAUUGUUUCAGCGAUAUAAACUCUCUGAAAUGGACCAAACCAAGAUCAGCAGACAUAAAUUUAUUCGGUUAACAGUAGCCAGAGGUAUAUUUUUUUAAUUUAUUGAGUGUCAUGUAGCUCUGUAUAAGAAAGAACCAAAAGUAGUUGAGAUAAAUUUCACAAAGAUGAUUUGAUA